AUGGCUGCUGUGGCCGCUCUCAUCGAAGCUGGAGCCGAUCCUGAUGCACUGCAAGAUCUGAGCCACCUCGGAUUCAACUUUGAUAUGUUCGACAACUAUGGAGAUCAUAUGGAUAGGGACGACUCGGAUGACUCAGACAAAGAAUUUGAGCGUAUACACGAGGAGAAUAACAGUGUUCAGGCUCUUGUUCAAGCAGUAGAGAAGGUUCUUGGAAAGAAACAGCUCAAGAGAUACAUCAGGUGUAUCCCGAGUCUUUGCUUUAUGCAUCAUCGCACGCUCACGCCUCAAUCAAGUUUCAUUACUGGCCGCGGCAAGUUUUGGGCAUCUGUCUCGCGCAAGACCCGGCUCGAGCGUAUACAUGCCCAUUUUCAGGAAGCUCUUCCUGGGAUGGCACAUAUAUAUCUUCACUGGGAACAGAUGCACUCCAAUAUACCACCCGCGGUGCAGUUCAGUAAUCACGGUGGGCGCGAGAUGCGGCUACGAGCGGUAGAUUAUACCGGAGCAUCGAACCUCAUCAUAUUGCAGGUGCCAGACGGCGAGAGUGUCAACGUAGCGCUGAUGCACCGAGGGUACAUCGCGGGCACGCCGGUCACACCGAGUGUAGCUUUUCACCUCAACAUCCUUUGUUUUGCUCAUUCAAGCCGCCACUACAAUCCAUCCUGCGGCUUGCAGGGUAUUAUACGUGCGUUCUGCAUGUUUCAAGGGAUAUCAUUCACGCACGGCCUCUCAUUGAACUUCCGCCAGGCGUUCGACGUCUACCUGGACAUUCUCAAGCAUGUUGAUGCUCGAGUAGGUGAGGCACUAGGCCGUGGUCCAAACUUCCAAGCCCUAUAUGGCUGCGCAGCCUGCGGAUAUACAGAUGCUGAUGAUGCCAAUGUGGCAUCUCUCGGCCGCUUCCAUGCAAUUGACGGAAACGACUCUCAGAAACGCAUGCGCAAUGAGCUGUUUCCCCCCGAAAACUCACAACUCUCAGCAGUUCUAGCAAGGAUUGACUCAAAAAAGCAGUAA